AUGGAGUUUUAUCUCAGAGGCCAAAAGCUCUGGGAAAUUAUCACCAUCCCACCACCCAAAGAUGAGAAGCUGUUGGAGGACUGGAAGCAAAAAGCAGACAAGAUCAUGUACAUCCUUGCAGUCACAACAGAAGACCAAUUCCUGCCUCGCUUCAAGGAAAGCAAAUCCCCGAAGGAAGAUUGGGAUACUCUCUCCACAAUCUUCGCCAGGACCAAUGAGGCGAGACUCCAGAGACUGGAGAAUGAAUUGAUGGCAUUAUCCCAAGAAACAUUGACCAUUGGUCAAUUUUUCAACAAAGUAAAAAAUGUUUGUGCCGAAAUUUCGAAACUGGAUUCGGAAAAUCCAAUUUCGGAAGCUCGGACAAGAAGAAUCAUCAUUCGUGGCUUGAGACCGGAGUUCAAGGGCAUAGUGACAGCAACAAGAGGGUGGUCAAAGGAGCCAACCCUGGCUGAGUUGGAGAAUCUUCUAGCAAAUGAAGAAAUUCUCGAUGACAAGAUGUCAAAGGCGUCAAUCAAGGAAGAGGAAAAGGCCUUGUUCAGCAAAAGUAAAGACUCUAAUGGUGGAGAGAAGGCUUUUGCAUCAACAAGUGGCCAAAAGGGGUUCAAGAAGAACCAAAAGUGGAACAAGAAAGGGGGCAACUAUCGAGGGGGAGCCCAGAAAAAUUACAACCACUGUUACAAGGGUGGUGACGGAAAGGACAGGAAGGAGCAUGAUCGAGAAAAUGGCAAUUGCUACAUUUGCCACAAGAAGGGUCAUCUAGCCAGAGAUUGCUGGCAAAAAGGAAGAAGGAAACGCUGCAACUUCUUCCAAGGUGGACGAGUGGUUGUCACCGCCAACAACUCUAAGCUGCCAAUCACCCACAUCGGCGAGACACUUAUUACUCCUCGGUUUGGCGAUCAACAAGUGGAGCUGUCAAACGUUUACCACGUCCCUGGAAUGCGAAAGAAUCUGAUGUCAGUAUCACAACUGACAGCAUCUGGGCAGAAGCUGGAGUCUGUCUAUGUAAUGUCAGCAGAAGCGGCUUAUGUCGACAAAACAAGAAGAAAUGAGACGACAAGCUUAUGGCAUGCUCGUCUUGGACACGUUGGUUAUCAGAAGCUCAAGGUGAUGAUGAAAAAGUCCAUGCUCAAAGGACUUCCUCAACUUGAUAUCCGUGACGAUAUCGUAUAUGUCAGAUGCCAAAGCAGUCCUACUUCCAGACUCAAAGGAGAUGGAGGAGAGGUUGCUAGAGAGGUCUACUGA